CUAGUUAGAAGAACAUCAAGUAAAGGAGUUGGUGUCCGAAAAUAAAGCUACCAAAUUUUGAAUCGUUGCCUUCAUUUUGAUUUUCCCCAAAUUUCUCAGAAAUCAAAAAUCCUCCGCAACAAUGUCCACUCCCGAUCCCAAUCCCAAUCCAUCCGUCUCCGUAGCGGUAUCGAGUCCAAUCGUCACCGCAUCCGAAUCUCCGGUGACUCAACCUAACACAGUCAAAACGCCGUCUUCUCAGCCUCAACCUUCACCACCAGCUCCGUCGUACAGAGCUAUAGCUCCGCUUCAUCGUCAUCCUCAUCCUCAUCAAAAUGCCUACUCUCAUCCUUUACCAAUUAGGCGUUCGAAUUCCGUUACUAAUUCGCCUCAUCAGCCUCACCCAGACCCGUCUACUUUGAUUUACCCGUUUGGUUCUUCGGGUCGAGGGUUUCCUACCCGACCCGGUAGACAGAAUUCCAAUUCCGUCGCUGAUCCAGUUGGUAGUCCUGGUGGGUAUCCUCCUCGACCGGUUUACGGAUACCACCAUGGCCAAUUUGGUUCGAAUUUGGAUCCAAUGAUUCAGCAGCUCAUGAGAGCUGCACAUCCUCAGAAUCAACAAUCUCCUCAACUUGGGUCGGGUCAUAUGAAAGGAGUUCCUCAUUUUUUGCAACCUCGGGUUACUCCUUCUCCAACUUCAAUUCUAGACAAUAGUGGGCAUAAGAAGGCCAGGAGCCGGGAUGAUGCUCUGGUCCUUGUUAGAAAAAGAAAGGUUAGAAUAACCGAGGGAGCUUCUCUAUACUCGCUGUGUAGAUCUUGGUUGAGAAAUGGUGCUCAUGAGGGAAUUAAGCCGCAGCGAAGUGAUACAAUGACAUGUUUACCAAAGCCUUUGCCUGUGGACAUGACGGAGACAAGUUUGCCAAAAGAUUUAGUUGAAGAACCAAAUUGCGAAGAAGACAAAGAGGACGAGGAAUCUGUGAAACAUUUGUCAGAAUCUGAUCUUUUGAAAAGACAUAUAGACCGAGCUAAGAAGGUCCGCGCUCGAUUGAGAGAAGAGCGGUUAAAGAGAAUUGCGAGGUACAAGGCAAGAUUGGCUCUUCUUCUACCACCAUUUGGAGAGCAAUGCAGGAACGAGUAAGGAUAUAUUAGGGACUUCUGUGAAUAUUCUUGCAGUUGAUUUAGAAAUGAUAUAAAGUACCUUAGAGCCAGAGUUAUGUGUGUGUAAUAUAAGAAAGGUUUUCUCUAAAGUAAUCAACUAUUUCAAGAUUU